GGCCCGUUGCCUCCGGCGAUGAAUAUUAAAGAAAGCUGCUUCUCGCUACGCUAAACAAACCGCCACACGAAGCCGGAGCCGAGGCCGAGAGCACAAAUCCCACCCCCGGGGCGCCUCCUGCUCCCUCCAAACCAUCCCUUCCUCCCACGGAUUCGUCACCCGUGUCCCCCAGAUCGGCGCUCUUGGCUGCUUAGGGGAGGCUGGAGCUCGCCACCGCCGGUCUCGGAGCUUCUUGGGGUGGUCUACAGGCCGGGCGCGGCUGCUGCUGGCUCGCCGGGGUUGGAUCCGGCCGAAAGAUAGGAUUUUUUUUCUUUGGGAGGGGCGUCGCCGCGUCGGUGCUGCUCAACAGCCGGGCUCGUGGUAGCCUUGAGGAAAUCUCUCCAAUUGGACGGGCUGCUCUGUUGUCUGGACGACUCAUUUUAGGAGCCAUAGAGGAAGCUUCUGCGUUUUCUUAGCACCUCGUGGGAUCCUUGAUCUGUCCUGGGACUAGAAGCUGUCUUUGAAUUGGACAAUGCAUCCCAGGGCACGAAUCCACGCUGACCCGGCUCCGGAGUUCGACCAAUUCGACUGCCUGCCGGAUCCAGUCGUCCAGCUGAUUCUGAACAAACUGGAGGAUGUGCGUUCGCUUGGCCGCUGCGCGGCCGUGUCGAAGCGGUUCAGUGCGCUCGUUCCCCUGGUCUCUGAUGUGUAUCUCAAGAUUGACCGUGUCCUGGCCACAGAUGGCGAGGCGGAUGAUGCUCUCAACCUGUCCUCAGCGAAGCCUCAGAACAUCAUCUCCCAUUUCUUCAAGCUAAUGCUGUUCACCAUCGUCAAGCCGUUCCACAGUAUGCACCACCCGAAUGGCACGGGCAGGCCGUUGUUCCCGCUCGCGCAGCAUUCACCUGUGCAUGUGCUUAGGAAUUUCAAAGAUGUCUGGAAUCUUCGGGUGGAGCUUCCCUCUGGGGAUGUUGGCACAGAGGAGGGUGUUCUGCUUAAGUGGAGGGCUGAGUAUGGUAGUACACUCCGUAAUUGCGUGAUUCUGGGAGGUACCCCGGUCGAUCGCAAGCCUGUAGGUUCAGAGCACGAGCCACCUGUAGAGGAUAAUGGAAGCAUGCCGGAAUCUUUCUAUACCAAUGGCGGGCUGAAACUUCGUGUUGUGUGGACUAUCAGCUCUUUGAUUGCUGCAUCAACAAGGCACUAUCUUCUCCGGUCAAUUAUCAGCGACCAUCCGACGUUGAGAAGCUUGGUUUUGGCAGAUGCUGAUGGGCAAGGGGCAUUGUACAUGGGGAUGGAGCAGCUUAGGGAGUUCAGAGAAAACAAUCUGUCAACCUCAGCAUGUUUCAAUAGAACUCAGGUCCCAGCAUGCAGCAUGAAGCUGAAAUAUGCCCCAUACCUCGAGCUGCCUGGUGGCUUGGCACUGCAAGGUGCCACCCUGGUGGUUAUCAAACCCUCCAAUGAUGGAAGCUGCGGUGGCCACAGCAGUCGGAAGGAAACUGAAGCUUUCGUUUCUAGCGCAUUUGAUGAACCCUUCAGAUUUGCUGUGAAGGCACUGAUGAAGAGACGAACAUAUCUACUGGAGAUGAACGGUUUCUAGAUAGUUUACCUUGAGCCACUUGGAGCCAUUGAUUGUCUAUCAACUGCUUCAAUUAUACUGUCAUGUCUGUCUGCUUUUUUCCUUGUUCGCAAGCAAAGCAACCUCGAAUCCUCAAUCCUGUCCAGAAUUAUGAAAUGUCCACUGUA